CACUGUAAUGUUUUGACGAUGGCGCCUGGAACACCAUCAGGUAGUCCCCCGGGCGAAAAAACUAAAAACAGACGACCUAAAGACACAAAGUUUAAACAGCAGAAACUACCUGCUUGGCAGCCAAUUUUAACAGCCAACACUGUUUUACCAGCAUUUUUUGCUAUUGGAGUUGCCUUCAUUCCCUUGGGUGUUGCCUUAUUGGUUACAUCUAAUAACAUAACUGAGUUUGUUCUUGAUUACACAAAUUGUGAAAAUUCUCAACAGCCCAAUGAGACAUGUGCUGAAUUUUUUGAAAAUGUAAACAACACUGGUAAAAUCUGCCAGUGCCAAAAACAGGUGGAUUUACCUGAAUUUAAGGGUCAGGUGUAUAUGUAUUAUGGUUUAACCAACUUUUAUCAGAAUCAUCGUCGUUAUGUUAAAUCUCGCGAUGAUAAUCAACUUAAUGGUCAGAGUGUCGGUGUCAGCAGUUUAAACACUGACUGUGAUCCAUAUCGUACUGUCAAGGGAAAUGACUCUGAAGGUUAUGCACCAUGUGGAGCUAUAGCUAAUAGUUUAUUUAAUGAUACUUUCACAAUGACCUUUAACCAAACUGUUCAAGUAAAUCUGCUGAAGACAGGAAUUGCUUGGGUAUCAGAUAAGAGUGUCAAGUUUAAAAAUCCAAGUAAUUGGGACCAUAUGCAUAAACCACCCAACUGGGCACGACCUGUGUGGGAGCUGGACGUCAAUGUGACUAGUAACAAUGGCUAUAAAAACGAAGAUUUGAUCGUAUGGAUGAGAACAGCUGCUCUGCCAUCAUUCCGUAAACUCUACCGACGUAUUGAUCACUCACAGGCAGAAUUCAAAGAUGGUCUUCAAGCAGGAACUUACAACAUAACCAUAGAUUAUUCCUAUCCCGUGACGGCUUUCCAGGGUACUAAAAGUAUUAUCCUCACUACAACAUCAUGGCUUGGAGGGAAAAACCCAUUUCUUGGUAUCGCAUACCUCGUAGUGGGUAGUCUGUGUAUUAUACUAGGUGUUAUCUUCUCCGUUAUUCAACUUAAAUGGGGCAAAAGAGUUGGUGAUUUUGGGAAAACAUUUGCGCAUGAUACACGUAUCAAGAUAUGAUGCUCAUUCUGUAUCAGAAUGACAACUAGUAAAUAACUUAAUAGAUCAGUCGAUAUGGUGAAUAUUACUAGCAGAGAAGCAUACUAAAGAAAAAUAUCAACCCUGAUCCUAUUAAGAAACAUGUUGAGUAUAUCUGUGAUACCAAAUUAUAUCCUUCAGGCUUCAAAAUCUCAAUUGUUAAGCCUAGCUUAUGUCGCCCUACGACUCGACAACACUGACGGCGACUCGAAAUCGACGACUAGUUUAUGAUAAAUGAUCGGUCGUGACUACCUGAGUAGCCUGAGCGCUCUUACGACUGGUGUAAGUCGGACGGCAACCAGUCGCCUCCAGUUUCUCGGAAUCACAUGUUCUACUCUUACGACUGGAGACGACUGGCAGGUUAUCACUUGACAGUCAAGUGACCAAUUGUGGCUUCGAUUCUGUAACUGACGCCAGGCGACAUGAGCGCGCUUGCGACUAUGAUCAACUGGUUGCUCGUGGUUGCGUCCAGUCGUGGAUAAAUUCAGUCAUAGCGACAUAAGCUCUCAGUUGCCGUUAGCCGCCGUCAGUUUUAACACGUCGUAGGGCGAGAUAAGCAAGGCUUUAGCCACCGCGUCAAGAUUUUCAUUUUUUUUUUAAAUUUAUUGAGAGCGCCUGAUACUCAUUCUCAGUCAGCUGGCAAGAUCACCUAACAGAUAAGUUUUAUAUGAGCAGUUGAAAAUUCAAUAACCCAUAAUUUAUUUCACAUUUGAAGGAGGACUUUAAUUAUUGUGCAUUUUGCCAACACUAUUAUAUUUGUUGUUAUUGUUGAUUAAUUUAUAUCAAUGUAUAUAAUUGUAAUUAUUGAUUAUGUAUGUAAAUGUGAACGAUAUACAUUGUAUUUGUAUGUUUUCCUCAUCGAAUGUAUGCAUCUACGCUUUUUAAAAAUAAUUUCCUUUGAUGUUUUUCACUAAAUUCUUUUCACGGUGUGUGACUUUUGGGUUGUACAAUGCCCCUAUUAAUUUUCAAGGUUGGCCGAUAGUAAGGUUUUAUUGGAUUUGUUUUUUGAAACAAUAUUUUUAUUUAGGAUAUCUGAAUGGGAUUGGAUGUGAUGUUCUACCUUGCCCAAAAAACCUUUAAGAUAAUUUGAUUUGAUGUGCCAUUGUAUUCAUGGCAGAUUUAAUCUAUGUAUUUUGGUUUCUGCAAUGCCCCUACCUAAUUUCGAAAUGAUUAUUUUUUACAUUGAAUUCAUUUAAUCUAUGCUUUUGUUGGUAAAGUUGUCCAUCACUCGUGUCUAAAUAUUUUUUUAUGUUCUUAUUUGGAUUCCCAUCACAGUUAAUUUAUUCUUUUUGGGUUCUGCAUUAGGCCAUUAGAUUUUCAGAAACAAUGGAUUAAAAAAACAAGCAUAAGAAAACGAUAUACUUGUUGAACGAAAAUGGAAAAUGUUAUGUCUGAGUGCAUUAUUGAAUAGUGUUUAACUUUACCUAAAUCCAUUUCUCCCCAAAAAAUAGUUUAAUUGUUUUGAGUAAAUAGUGCAAUACCAAUUCAUGUAUAGUGUCUGUGUAUUUCAAAAUAUUAUUAAUGGUGCGACAUGAUCUUUGAUCAACUUCAUAGUUUUUUGUUUAAUAUGUAUUUCCCUUCUCAGCAACUAUAUAUUAUGUCACAAGUUUGUAUUGUCUGUAUUUUUAGCGCAGUUUUUUUUAUAAGCUCAGGUCGGUCGGUGCACGCUCUAGAGGAUAAAGUUAUUGUCCGAUUGACUUUAAAUUUAUACACAGUGUACAUGUAUAUGGUCUUGAGGCGAAGAAGGCUAUUAGUUUCCAGCAAUCUCUGCCAGGGCUAUGACGCUUGAGCCCUUUGAUAAAUCUUGUGGUCGCUUAUGUUUUUCAUGUUGUCCCUCUUCUCGUAGCACUAUGACCUCACCUCAGUAAGGAUAUACCUGGAUGACUCAGACUAUAGACCUGCAUGACCUGGACUGAACCCCAUGUCCACAUUUUUAAUUAAGAAAAAUUGUAAUCUAUCCUUACCAAAAGUAGCAUAGUGGACAAAGGGGAAGUUCGAGAUGUUCUUGAAUUUAAUUAAAAUGUUUUACAAUAACUAUUCAUAUUUAUUUUAUUCUAACUACUAUCCAUUCAUUUCUUAUUCUUUGUAUAUCUUCUUUUUUUUUUAAAUAUAAAGUCAUUCCAUACAGUA